AUGGCGCGUGGCCUCGGCCUUCUGCGCAUCGUCACCAACCUCCUACACUCAUACGAUGCUGCCGGAAACAAUCUGAUUGUCGUAGUCGGAGCAGACGACCGCGAAAAUGGCUGGAUUGGAGAGGCUCUGGCAGAACACGCCGCCAUCAGCAACUCGCCCAAAUGCCGUGGAUUGAGCCUGGUCAACACCGACUUGACAGACGUUGGACAGAGAGAAAAAAUGUACAAGCAAGGAGGCAUCUUCUCCGUCACGUCGCGUAUCCUGGUCGUCGAUCUCUUGACCGAGAACCUCGACCCUGCCAAAAUCACUGGCCUCGUUGUGCUGCACUCCGAACGCAUCGCUGCAACAUCGCUGGAAGCUUUCAUUGUGCGUGUCUAUCGCCAAAAGAACAAGCAGGGCUUUCUCAAGGCCUUUUCAGAUGCUCCCGAACCCUUCGCGUCAGGUUUCGCUCCUCUGGCAACCAUGAUGCGCAACCUCUUCCUUAGACGACCCUCGCUGUAUCCUCGCUUCCACGUUACCGUCGCAAAAUCCUUGGAGGGUCGUCGCAAAGCCGAAGUCAUCGAAUUAGAGGUGCCCAUGACUGAUGGUAUGCGCGACAUCCAGAACGCAAUCAUGGAGUGUGUUGAGGUCAGCAUCACCGAGUUGAAAAAAGGAAACACUGGUCUGGACAUGGAAGACUGGAAUCUUGACAGUGCUUUGCAUCGCAACUUCGACGCCAUCGUCCGUCGACAACUGGAUCCUGUCUGGCAUCGCACCAACUUCAGAACCCGUCAGAUCGUUCGUGAUCUGGCACUCUUGCGCAACAUGCUACAUUAUCUCCUCACAUUCGACGCCGUAAGCUUCCUUCGAUAUCUCGAUACAGUCUUAGCUGCUUCAUCUCCACCUCCUGGUUCAACUCGUCAAAAUCAAUCUCCGUGGCUAUUCUUGGAUGCCGCUCAUGUCAUCUUUGACAACGCUAAGCGUCGUGUAUACACUGGCACCAUUAAGGAUGGCCAAAGCGUGAAUGCUAGAACUGGUGUUCCAGACUCUCUGCGUCCUGUUCUGGAAGAAAUGCCCAAAUGGAAUCUUCUGGCCGAGAUUCUGGAAGAGAUCGAGCGUGACAUGUACUUCAACCCCUCAUUCCAGGAUGAGUCAAACGGUAGCAUUCUCAUUAUGUGUGGCGACCAAGGAACGUGUCGGCAGAUUCGCGAAUAUCUGCAGAGCAUGAAUGUCCUUCCAGAUACGACAUCGGUACCCGACGAUCCUGAUGAUGAUGCUCGGGGACCAUCUGGUGCUGCUAUGAUGCGUCGUAAACUCAGAAACUAUUUCCUUUGGAAGCGAGACUUCAACCGAGUGAGCAACUCGCUNUUUGCUGAAAAUCAGAAAAACAUCAAUGGUACAACCGACCAGCGUCAGGGUCAGGCUGGCCGAGGAGGCAGAGGCGGUGGGUCUAACAAGCGACGCCGCAUGAGAGGUGGUUCGUCCGCCGCAUCUGCUCCUACACGCACAGCAAACGGUAGUGUGCAUGUGGCAGGAGACAAAGAAUCUCACGUACAAAGUCUCCUGGCCGAGCUCGAGCCUACAGAAGCCGAAGCUCAACAGAAAGCAGAGAUCGGCGCCGACCCUCUGGACGAUAUGGACGACUUUUACGAGCUUUACGACAUGAAAGACUUAAUAAUGGUACAUCCCUACGAUGGCGAUAUGGACGAACACAUUCUUGAAGAGACCAAGCCAAGAUACGUCAUCAUGUACGAGCCUGACGCGGCUUUCAUCAGGCGUAUUGAGNNGGUGUAUCGAAGUAGCCACUCGAACAGGAACGUGAGAGUCUACUUUAUGUAUUAUGGAGGAAGCGUGGAAGAGCAACGAUAUCUCAGCGCUGUGCGCAAGGAGAAGGACGCCUUCACCAAGCUGAUCCGUGAAAGAGGUUCAAUGGCGGUGACCUUGACACAUGACCCUGCAGGGCUGGAUCCACAGGAGUCAUUCUUACGAACGGUCAAUACUCGCAUCGCUGGCGGUGGUCGACUUGUCGCAACCGCAGAACCACCAAGGGUAGUCAUCGAUGUUCGAGAGUUCCGGUCGUCUUUGCCGUCACUUCUCCACGGCAGAAACAUGGUUAUUGUUCCGUGUACCCUGACAGUGGGCGAUUAUGUUUUGACGCCUGAGAUCUGCAUUGAGCGAAAAUCGAUCAAGGAUCUUAUCCAGUCUUUCCAGAAUGGUCGUCUCUACCACCAAGCCGAAACAAUGCAACAACACUACAAAAGUCCGAUGCUCUUGAUUGAGUUUGAUGCGCAAAAGUCUUUCACGCUAGAGCCCUUCGCCGAUCUGUCGUCUGGCGUAGGUUCUGGAUCUUUGCAAGCAUCAGACUUGCAGUCCAAGCUUGUGCUGCUGACUCUUGCCUUCCCACGUUUACGCAUCAUCUGGUCAUCAUCACCAUACCAGACUGCUGAGAUUUUCGAAGAGCUCAAGAAGCAACAAGAAGAGCCUGAUCCGAUCAAAGCUGUCAACAUUGGUCUGGAAGAAAGCGACAUGGACGGUCAAGAAAGAACGUUCAACCAACUACCACAAGACAUGCUUCGAGCCGUACCAGGUGUCACUCCAAAGAACUUGACAAACUUGAUCCUCAAAUACGAGAAUGUGUUGGAAGUUGCUAAUGCAGAAGAGGAUGAAUUAGCAGCGCUGAUCGGAAAGGAGGCUGGUAGACAGAUCUACCGUUUCUUCAAUCGUAGUGUCUUUGACGAGUAA